ACUAAAGCCCUAAUCUUUUCUAAGUUGAUCCCCCAGCCGCAUGUCUCGUCGGUGUAUACCGGACGGGGACGAAGAAGCCAUGAAAUCAGACUUCCAGGUCUAACGAUUUUAGGGUAGUUAGGCUUAGCCCUUCUCUUCAGUCAGUUUCAGCAACGCUCUUCGAACCAAAGAGCAGUAACGAUGAGAACUCGCCUGGCUCCCUCUUCUACUGCUCCGUGGCGGAUUUCUUCAAUCAGAACCCAGAGAUGUCUCUGCUCGGCUCCGAUUUCACACGCUCAAGAAGCCUCUGCGUUAAACCCAAAUUCAACCGCCGAACAACCUGAGCUUUCUCGUAAUCCCAUGCCUGAUUCUCUCGUCUUCCCCGAGAAAUCCAGUGCAGAAAUUGGGGAACCUAGGUGCGAAUUCACCGCACCCGUUUCAAGAAAAUGGGGUCUUGGGCAGACCGAAAUGAUUGCCACUUUGUUGAGCCGGAGGAACGAGCCUGAUUCGGCUUUGAGAUACUUCAGAUGGGCCGAGAAACAGCCGGGUUUUGCCAGCAUUGUCGAUCCGUUCUGCAUUAUGCUCUGGAUUUUGAUUGGGUCGCAGGGGCAUCACAGGAUUGCUCGGUACAUGCUCAACCAUUACGUUACAUCCGGGUCGGAUCCUUCUGCCCGUAUUCUUGUUGAUCGCUUGGUUAACUGCUCGAGGAGGUUUCAAUUUGAAUUAGACUCGCGUGUUUUUAAUUAUUUGUUGAAUAGUUAUGCUAGGUCUGGGAGAUUGAUAGAUGCUAUUGAUUGCUUUAAUAGAUUGAUUGAAAGUGAUAUAGAUCCAUUGAUUCCCAAUGUAAAUUUUCUGUUGAGUGCACUGGCUAGGGAAAACAUGAUUCCAGAAGUCCUAGGUUUGGCCGGUAUUUUAGAUUCCAGAGGAAGUGAAUGCAAUGCGUUUACGAUUCACAUAAUAAUGACUGCGUAUUUGAAGGAUGGGAAGGUUGACGAGGCAGAACAGUACUUUAAGAAAGCUAAGGCCAGUGGCCUCGAGCUUGAUGCAGCCGCAUAUACUACUGCUAUUCAAGCUGCUUGUAGGAAACCCAAUUCAGUUAUGGCGUGUGAGUUGUUGAAUGAAAUGAGAAAAAUGGGGUGGAUUCCUUCUGAAGGAACAAUUACGAGUGUAAUUGGAGCUUGUGUCAAGCAACAGAACAUGGAAAGUGCUAUAAAGCUGAAAGAUGAGAUGAUUAGUAGCGGAACACCAAUGAAUUUGGUCGUAGCAACAAGCUUGAUGAAGGGGUUUUAUUUGAAUGGUGAUCUAGAUAGUGCUUUGAAUUUGUUUGAUAAGAUUGUUCACGGAGGGCUUGUGCCAAACAAGAUCACUUAUUCGGUUAUAAUUGAAGGAUGCUGUAGGGCUGGGAAAAUGGAAAAGGCGUCUGAGUUCUACACGCAAAUGAAACUAGCAGGUAUACAUCCAAGCGUCUAUGAUGUGAAUUCUGUGAUACGGGGAUUAUUGAGAGCGCAUCUUUGGGAGGAGGCUUCCAAACAGUUUGAUGAGGCAGUUGAGAGUGGUAUUGCCAAUGCUUUUACAUACAAUGACAUGAUAUACAGGCUCUGUAAAGAGGGUAAGGUGGAUGAAGCUAGCAAUGUAUGGCACAAGAUGGUGAAUCAAGGAGUGGUACCAAGUAUAGUUUCAUACAAUAAUCUGAUACUUGGUCACUGCAGAAAGGGGAGUAUGGACUUGGCAUCAUCUUUGUUAUCAGAGAUGCAAGAAUCUGGCUUAAAAGCUAAUGUGGUCACACAUAGUAUUUUGAUUGAUGGGUAUUUUAAAAAAGGCGAGAUUGAACGGGCCCUUGGCAUGUAUGAUCAGAUGAUUGGUAGGGGUAUAUCCCCAAGUGACUACACAUAUACUACUAUCAUCAAUGGAUUGUGUAAACUUGGUCAUUCAUCUGAAGCAAGGGAUAUGAUGAAGACGUUUGUGGAGAAGGGGUUUGUUCCCACCUGUAUGUCUUACAACUGCAUUAUAGACGGUUUUCUGAAGGAGGGCACCGUCAAUUCUGCAUUGGGUGUUUAUAGAGACAUGUGUGAAUGUGGGAUUUCUCCCAAUGUUUUCACUUACACUAUUUUGAUUGAUGGAUUAUGCAAAAGCAAUAAUAUUGUUCUUGCUUUGAAAAUGCUGAAUGAGAUGAGAAAGAAGGGUCUUGACUUGGAUAUUGUUGCAUACGGUACCUUGAUUAAUGCAUUUUGCAAAAGAAGAGACAUGGGAAAUGCACGUAAAGUCUUUAAUGAGCUCCUUGAAGUUGGUUUAUCUCCUAAUUCAGCUGUUUAUAAUAAUAUGAUAAAUGGUUUCAAAAAUUUGGGUAACAUGGAAGAAGCACUUGCCCUGUAUAAGAGGAUGGUCAACGAGGGAAUCCCCUUUGGUUUGGAAACAUAUACAACAUUAAUAGAUGGUUUGCUAAAAGAGGGGAAAAUAGUCUUUGCAUCAGAAUUGUACACUGAGAUGCUUGCCAAGGGCAUUAUGCCUGAUGACAUCAUGCAUACUGCCUUGGCACAUGGUCUUUGCAACAAUGGUCAGCUUGAGAAUGCACGUAAGGUAUUGGAAGAGAUGGACAAAAGGAGUAUUGCUGCUAACGUUCUGGUUUAUAAUGCUUUGAUUGCUGGAUACUUCAAUGAGGGGAAUUUGCAGGAAGCUUUUAGAUUGCAUGAUGAGAUGCUUGACAGAGGUCUUACACCUGAUGAUAAGACUUAUGAUAUCCUUGUAAGUAGAAAGUUUAAAAGGAAUGGAUAUCGUCAAGGGGCUUCAAGCAUCUAAGUAACUGGUGAAAAAGGUCACUAUGUACAAAUUACUACAUUGAUUGGAGGUGAAAAUUAUCCACUGCAUGGAUCAUGAUAUGAUUUUCAUGUCUGCUGCUAUGUUGGAGGAGGUUAAAAAACAUUCACCUGUCACAUCAUAUAGCACUUUUGGAUUUGUCUUAUAGUUGAGUUCUCCUGUCCCUCUCUACUUCACCAAAACAAAAACCAAAGAUAUAUACAUGUACAACCUCACCAUCACUGGACAUUUGCACUUUUAAAGGUAUGAUCAUAGCUCCUCCUUUCUCAUCUUUCCGUCUAUGUAUGUGUAUCUUAUUUGGUUUUGUCCAUUAUGGCUUUGUAACACCCCGCCUCGCUGGGUGUGUCACCAUAGGGAAUUACCGUGAUUUUUUUUUCCAUACGUAAGUUCGACACACUUAAUGUCUCAAAGAACAAUCUUCACAUGCUCACAAAAAUCCCAGAACCCUAGUCUUGCCUAUUUAGCUAACAAGAUUGAUGGACUUAAGCUAAGUAGAGCAUACCGUUACACAACGGAAAUAAGAUCGCAUAACAUAGAUUACUACAAUUGCUCAUACAUGUUGUCUUCCAUUCAAAAUAAGGAUUACAUAACUUCAAAAUGUAAAUAACGACUAUCAUGCCCGUACUCCAUCAGCCCUAACCGACCACAUCCUCGCCCCCUAUCGUGACCCUCGUCUGGAACGUUUGAAUGUUUCAGGGGCAUAAUCCAUAUUAGAUGUUGAAUCAUCUAAGUGAUGGCAUAAAAGUAGUUUAUAGAAUGCAUGUAAGAUCAUGAGCAUGUCAUAUAUAAAUAACACAACACGUCAAUCUUGAGAAAUCUCUCUAGCAUACUUAAAUCUCCUGGGUGCAUAUCGGCGAUCACCCGUGGAAAAUUCAUUCCACAUCACACGGUUGAGAUUGACCUUGUCGCGACAUAUUUAAUCUCCGGGAUGCACACUGACGUCACCUGAGGAAAACCCUUUUCUCAUCACGGUUGAGAUUAACAUUGCCCUAUUCUCAAAGAGACUCCAUCCCAUCCCCAUGGACAAUUACAACGACAUGAAUCAAAUAUAUCAAUGUCUCAAAAAUCACUUGCCAUGCAUUUUCACAAAACGUUCCCAGUUGAUGCAUCGUAUAAUAGAUUCAAUAUGCACAAUACGUUUGUAAACCAAAAGCAUUUAGGCAACACAUUCACAUGAAACCAACCAUCCGCAGGUUAAAUCAUUUGCUUGAAAAAUAAGCCAAAUCUUGGAUUGAACCACUCACCUUAACUGCGUUUUUGAUCUCAACCUCGAUAAGCGUAUCACCUCGAACACUGUGAAAUCCUCAAGCCCGUAUGACCAAGUCACCUCCUGGCCAAUGAUUUUAUCCACCAAACAUCAAAAUCCUUAAUUUUCUAAGAUUUUCCCAUUUUUCCCUAUUUUCCAUAAUUUCAUUUUUCUUCGAAAAUUCAUAAUGAAUAUGUAACACUUAUUUUCACCAAAUAUUUUUUCACAAAUAUUCCUAAAAUAAUUUUCUAGAAAUUAUAAAAUUAAUUAUGAAUUUACCCCGGACCUCAAGCGCAUGGUGCGUGUAUUGCGAGUGAAAUCUGCCCGUGCAGUGUAGUCGCCGAUCGUCUUUUCCGGCUCUGAUGACUGCAACUUGCUCCGAUGAAACAUUUGAUCCUACCCACUUGAAGUUCUCCUCAAGGCGAACCUGGGGGUGCUCUUGGAUGCCCUAAAACUUCACCGGCGGUGCCUCGAAUGAUCGAUUUACAGUGCGUCUUUGGCGGCCCUUUGAAUUUUCCGAUGACCCCUCGAAUCUUACUCAAAUCUAAACGAAACGCUUCCAAAUUUUCCAGAAAUGAUCUACAAGCUUCAAGGAACAAAAGCCCCUUAUCCUCGAUCCUCAAUUCAACCUUUAAAUUCUCGAAUUUUAGCUCGAACUUAUUGAAAACCCUAGGUCGCGAGUCUGAGCUUUUAUAGCCCCCGAUUUUUCAACGAAUCCUGACCUUUCUUGGUCCCUAAGACCCAUUCCUAGCCCUCGAGUGCCCUAAAAUGCAUCAUAACGAGCUAAAUAUUCGAUCAAAUCCUCGAAUUUUUUUUUAAAAAAAAUUUCGACCAAUUCUCGGCCAAAUCACGGCCAACCGGCCAAUGGCUGUCGAUACUAGGACAUCAUGGCCUGAAGAGUAGCCCUGCACCCCUUGGGAGCCUCGCCGGCAACUACCACAAAGUUGGCUGGUGAUUUGUAGGUUUCACACUUAUUUUUUCAAAAUUUCAUUUUUACCCCCCAAAGUUUUGAUAUAUUGCAUUUCUACCCUAUCCCUCAAACCCUGGAUUUUUCAAUAAUUUUAUUAAGCCCCACAAGUUUAGGAUGUCUCAUUACAACCCCAAAAGUUUAGAAAAACCCUUGUUUUGACCUCCCUCGGUCAAAUCUUAGAUUUUGCACUUUGGCCCGAGUGCCUCUAAUCGCGUAUUUUGAUUCUCGUUUUACAAAUCCUUUGAUUCCUAAGCAUUUUUACCCUCCAAGUUUCGUUCUACAUCCCUAGCAACCCUUCAAGUUCCUACCAAGAUUCGUAAUUCACGCUUUGGCCCUAAAUAUGGCAAAAUUGUGUUUUGGCCUGGAAAUUCUAUAAAUUCUAAAAUACUUUCGAUAUAUAAAAUUUUGGGUAUUACAUCCUUCAGUCUGAUGAAGCAAAUGCCACUUUAUUUUUGUCAUAGAAGUUGCAUUUGGAAGAACAUUUAAAAUAUUUGUUCAUCUGCCUGUCCUUUUGGCAUGUAACAAUUGGCAAGUUGUGUAAUGAAGAAAAUGACUAACAAUUGAAUGUUAUCCAUAACGUGUUGGAAAGCCAUCUCUGAUGGUAUGGCGUUACAGCCUCCUUGUUCCCCGUUUUUAGCUUACAUAAUUUUCUUUUUGCAGUUUUUAUUGAGUGAGACUCAGUUUUGAUUUCAAAUUGAUCAAUAAAUGUUGGGCCUGAAAAGCUUCCAGGAUCCAAUCUUAAUUUGUAACUCCAAGUAGAUGGUUACAUCUGCUUUGGUUUAGGGCUCUGUUUGAACUGACCACCUGAAUUAUCAUGCUGCCACUUAUCAGAUUAUCUCUAGGUAAACAAGGACGAAUUACCAGAUUUUGCAUAAAAGUGCUUCUGCGUGGUAUGACUGGUCUUUGAAAGAAAUAAUUUGUUAAGUUAUAAUGUUCAAAAAAAUUUGUUAACCGAUGUUCUACGUGUAAAAGCGAAGUUCCACCCCCCCCC